AUGUUUUCUUGGACGUCCCUCACAAGAUUUCGGCAUUCUUUUCAUCGAGUCCUUUCUAUUCGACCUUCUACUGGUGUUAGGGUCUUUUCCGGCCAAUCACAACCCUCCACAUUGUCAUCGUCAACCUUAACCUCCACCACCACCUCCGCCGGAGGAUUAAAAAAUGGUGAUAAAACGGACUUUGACAAGUUUGUAACGUCGGUUUCGGGACUUGCGGUGGUUAGCUCUGCCUUAGGGUUUUGGUAUUUUUAUAAUUCUUUGGGUGAGGAUUCUGUUCAGGCAUUCGCUGAUUAUGCAAGGGAUGAGAAUCAGCUUCAGCAACAGUAUGAACCUCAGGCAAAAUCCUCCUUCCUCUUCAAUGAAAGCUUUAGGAGAAGAGUAUUUUUCAAAUACGAAAAACGGAUUCGCUUGCAAAGCCCCCCUGAAAAGGUUUUUGAGUACUUUGCAUCAGUGAGAACAGCAGGAAGCCGUGAGGCAUUUAUGACACCGGCGGAUUUGAUGCGAGCGGUUGUGCCGGUGUUUCCGCCAUCAGGAUCAUCUCGUGUGAGAGAAGGUUAUCUCCCAGGAGAGAAGCAUCCUGGUGAACUCAGUUGUCCUCCUUCUCAGUUCUUCAUGCUUUUUGACACUAACAAUGAUGGUCUCAUUUCUUUUCCAGAGUACAUCUUCUUUGUUACUCUCCUGAGCAUCCCAGAGUCUGGCUUUCAAGUGGCAUUUAAAAUGUUUGAUCUUGACAAUAACGGGCAUAUAGACAAGCAAGAAUUCAACAAAGUGAUGACCUUGAUGCGAAGCCAGCACAGACAAGGGGAUGUAACUGUUGUAGAAGAUGGGGGUCUCUUCCAGUAUUUUUUUGGCAAAGACGGAAAGGAUUGUUUAAAUAUUGAGAAAUUUGGCCAAUUCUUGAGAGACCUACAUGAUGAGAUAUUGCGGUUAGAGUUCUCCCAUUAUGACUACAACGAAAGAGGAGCAUUUCAGCCAGAGAUUCGG